AUGGGCUCAAUCAAUAAUCACGCAGAGCGCGAAGUCGCCCGUAUCUUCAACUCGACCGUUGCUGGCUGGGCCAUUGGUGCUGCUUGGGAACUUGGCAUCUUGGACGAGGUUCGGGAUCAUGAGAAGCUACACCCACAAACCUUCGCAUCGCAGCAUGAUCUCGACCUCGUCUCCACCGAGGGUCUCAUUACGACCCUUGUUGUCGUAGACAUCCUGGAACGAGACGGAGAUGGACAGGGAGAUCUCGUGGUGGCGGGAAAGCUCUUCGACGAAGCGUACCGUGCGAAAUCGCAGUUUCACUGGCUCAGCCUCGGAUCUGGGACUCUGUUCUCGCGGAUGCAGUGUAUCUUGCGCCGCGAGAAUCGCAAGGGAAAGUUUUAUACUCGAGAUCCGGCAGCCAUCGCUUAUGCCUGCAGAGAUAUCGACGCACCUGGAGUCCUGGACCUUCAGCAAUCCUGGUCCGGAGCCGAAUCCAAAUCCGAAUCCCGCGCAGUCGGCAUCGGCAUCGACUUGGCCGGGCCCUCCCUUAAGUUCGCGGCCGCCGAAGCCGCAAAGCGUGGGUACGGCGACAGGUUGAGCUUCAUUGAAGGCGACGCUCGUGCGCUGAAAGCGGAAGACGACUUUGCUGAGAUCGACCUGUUGACUUGUUUCAUGAUGGGCCAUGACUUCUGGCCCAGAUCAAAUUGUGUCGCUGCGUUGCGGAGGCUUCGCGAGAAUUUCCCCAAAGUCCGCCGAUUUCUCCUGGGUGACUCAACCAGGACCUUGCUUGGAACCAAGGGGUCCGAAAGAGCAGCUGCUGAAGCUAAUACACCUGUCUUUCCUUUGGGCUUCGAGCUUGGCCACGCCAUGAUGGGCACUUACCUGCCUAGCAUAGAGGAGUGGGAGGGGUCUUUGAGGACGGCGGUUGGCGGUGUAUAA